UUUGACAAAUUCCCCGAUUUCCUCUCGUGUGGGUUUGUCGGCGAGUGCAUGGCACUAUUGUCGAAAUAAAUUCGUUUAUUGCUAUAAAACUCUACGAAUUGCUCCAAAAUGAAAAUCGCGUGUAAUAAAUCGAAUCCACCAUUAGGUGGUUUGCUUGCCGUGGAGUUCUACAGGUCAGCGGCGAAAGAUGUUCAGGUCACUUGGGGUGGGGAAUCCUCCAUAGUGUUGCCAAACUCCUCGAAACCAGUGCCAUAUGCGACCAGCAAUGAUUUGAUAAGAAUCCUGGAGAAUGCCUUUAAUAAGUCUGCCCAGCCUCUGCAGAAAGUGACAAUGAACCACUGGCUUUCGUUCAGCCUUAUUCUGGAAGAUGAGAUCCCCAAGUCCAUUGAGUACUUGGACAGGAGCCUUGGUCCGAUCACCUACUUGGUUGGUGAAACUUUAUCAGUGUCUGAUCUGGCAGUAUUUAGCGUUUUAUUCGUGUCCUCAAAAUUCAAGGAUAUUUCAAAGAAGAACCCACCAAAGAACAUACUUCGGUGGAUGAAGUUGAUUGAAGCCCAGCCAAGUGUUGCCAAAGUGCUGAAAGAACUGCCUUCUGAAGUGCUAGACAAUCUUACCAAGGCUUCUUCAAGGAAAUCCCCAAGCAAUGCUGAUGGUGGUUCUAGCAGACAACAGGAGGGCAAGUUCAUUGAGCUGCCUCAUGCUGAGAUGGGCAAAGUGGUGGUGCGAUUCCCCCCUGAAGCUUCAGGUUAUCUUCACAUCGGGCACGCUAAAGCGGCUCUCUUGAACCAGUACUACCAGCUGGCAUUCCAGGGCAAGCUCAUCAUGAGGUUUGACGACACCAACCCUGCUAAGGAGAACGCUGAAUUUGAGAAGGUGAUAUUAGAAGACGUAGAAAUGCUGGAGAUCAAGCCGGAUCUCUUCACACACACAUCACAGUACUUCGACCUGAUGCUGGACUACUGCGUCAAGCUCAUCAAGGAAGGCAAAGCGUUUGUAGACGACACCCCCGCUGAGCAGAUGAAGAAUGAACGCGAACAGAAGAUUGAGAGCAAGAAUAGGAAUAAUUCUGUAGAAAAGAACCUACAACUCUGGGAAGAGAUGAAGAAGGCGAGUGACGUCGGCGUGCAGUGCUGUGUCCGCGCUAAGAUCGACAUGCAGUCGCCUAACGGGUGUCUGCGAGACCCCACCAUUUAUAGGUGCAAGCCGGAGACGCAUCCCAGAACUGGGACGCAGUAUAAAGUAUACCCAACAUACGACUUCGCGUGUCCCAUAGUGGACUCCAUAGAAGGCGUGACGCACGUGCUCCGCACUAUGGAGUACCACGACCGAGACCCGCAGUUCUACUGGUUCAUCGACGCCUUGGGCAUUCGCAAGCCUUACAUCUGGGAGUACAGCCGAUUGAGCAUGACAAACACAGUGCUGUCGAAGAGAAAACUCACAUGGUUUGUGGAACAAGGAUUGGUCGAUGGAUGGGAUGACCCCCGCAUGCCGACGGUCCGCGGUGUGCUGCGGCGCGGCAUGUCAGUGGAGGGGCUGCGGCAGUUCAUCGCCGCGCAGGGCUCCAGCCGCUCCGUUGUCUUCAUGGAGUGGGACAAGAUAUGGGCUAUCAAUAAGAAGGUGAUAGACCCAAUCGCUCCCCGCUACACGGCGCUAGAAUCGAACCCUGUACCAGUGAACCUCAAGGGUGUCUCCGAAAGCACCCUGACCGUAGCCCUGCACCCUAAGAACCCUGAUGUGGGCACCAAGUCCGUCUGGGUCUCCAACAGGCUGCUGAUAGAUCAAGUCGAUGCUAAAACCUUGAAGGAAGGAGAGAAUGCCACGUUUAUUAACUACGGCAAUAUUAUGAUUGAUAAGAUUCAUAAAGCUGCAGACGGCACAGUAACCAGCAUAGACGCGACUCCGAACCUUGACAACAAGGAUUACAAGAAGACUCUCAAGUUGACCUGGCUGGCCGACUCACCGAAGUCGCCGACUGUCGAAGUCUACUGCGUGUACUUCGACCAUAUCAUAUCGAAGCCUCUGUUGGGUAAAGACGAGGACUUCAAGCAGUAUAUUGGACAUCAGACUAGGUGGGAGAUCCCAAUGCUAGGCGAGCCGGAACUCCUGAAACUGAAAGUAGGCGACGUCAUCCAACUGCAGCGACGCGGCUUCUUCCGCGUCGACGUCGCCGCCGCGCCUGUCUCCCCGCACACCAGCACAGCCACGCCGCUCGUACUGUUCCAUGUGCCUGACGGACAUACCAAGGAGAUGCCGGGACAGCCCAAACCAGCGCCAGCUUCGGCAGCCAAACAGCCAGCGGCUGCAGCACCAGUAGCAUCCAGUGCAUCCGAUUUGAACGAUCAGAUCACGAAGCAAGGAGAUCUAGUGAGGUCGCUGAAGGCUGCUAAGGCUGACAAGGCUAAAGUCGAUGAAGCCGUCAAGGCACUGUUGGAGCUGAAGGCCAAGUAUAAGGCCGCUACGGGACAGGAUUGGAAGCCAGGCGCGGCUCCGGCUCCUGCAUCAGCCCCAUCCGGUGACGCUGCCUCCUUAGAUCAGCAGAUCACCAAACAGGGAGACCUCGUGAGGUCGCUGAAGGCCGCUAAGGCCGAAAAGGCUAAAGUCGAUGAGGCGGUCAAGGCCUUGUUGGACCUGAAGGCGAAAUACAAGGCGGCUACUGGACAGGACUGGAAACCAGGAACAGCCCCUGCCACCAAAGCGGCUCCCACUCCUUCAGGAGACGCCUCCUCCAUCAACGCGGAGAUCACGAAGCAAGGAGAUCUAGUGAGGUCGCUGAAGGCCGCUAAGGCUGAUAAGGCUAAAGUCGAUGAAGCGGUCAAGGCACUGUUGGAGCUGAAGACCAAGUAUAAGGGUGCUACGGGACAGGACUGGAAACCAGGAGCGUCUCCAGCCCCCGCGCCAGCUCAAACUCCAGCGGCUUCCAACGACGCAGCCUCCUUGAACGAACAGAUCACGAAGCAAGGAGAUCUAGUGAGGUCGCUGAAGGCCGCUAAGGCUGACAAGGCUAAAGUCGAUGAAGCCGUCAAGGCACUGUUGGAGCUGAAGGCCAAGUAUAAGGCCGCUACGGGACAGGACUGGAAGCCAGGCGCGUUAGCUCCAACACCGGUGCCUGCGCAACAACAAUCGCAGACGGACGACAACAAGCAGAUCGCUGUCUUGUUGACGCAGAUCGCAGCGCAGGGGGACAAAGUACGCAGAAUUAAAGCAGAAAAGGCAGAGAAGAGUGUUGUUGAUGUUGAGGUGAAAAAUCUACUGAAUCUCAAAGCUCAGUACAAAGCUAUUACUGGUACUGACUGGACACCCAGCGCAGCCCCUGUUAAAGUAGAAACAAAGGAGUCAAAACCCGCAGCAAUGAACGGAGCCAGCGCUAAGGCGACGGAGCUCGGCGCUCAGAUCACCAAGCAGGGGGAAUUGGUCAGAGAACUCAAAGGAAAGAAGGCUGACAAGGCCACAGUAGACGCAGAGGUAAAGAAGCUUCUAGAACUGAAAGCAGCCUACCAAGCGGAGACAGGCACAGCGUUCGCGCCGCCGGUACAGCCGCGCGAUCCCAAACCUAAAGAGAAGAAGGACAAACCUAAAGAGGCGAAGAAAGAGGUUAAGAAAGAACAGUCCCCGAAGCCAGCUAAGGAGGAAUCGUCAUCAGGCGUGAAGAAGGUGACCCGCCUGGGACUGGAGGCGAGCAAGGACACCGACCUGCCCGAGUGGUACUCACAAGUUAUUACUAAAUCGGAGAUGAUAGACUACUACGACAUAUCAGGAUGCUAUAUCCUACGUCCGUGGUCGUACAGCAUCUGGGACUGCAUCCGCAACUUCCUCAGCGCCGAGUUCAGAAAACUGGGCGUUAAAGACGGAUACUUCCCCAUAUUUGUGUCUAAGGCGGCCCUAGAACGCGAAAAGGACCACAUAGCGGACUUCGCCCCUGAAGUAGCGUGGGUGACACACUCGGGCUCGUCGGAGCUGGCCGAACACAUCGCCAUCCGCCCCACCUCCGAGACAGUCAUGUACCCCGCCUACGCUAAGUGGAUCCAGAGCCACCGCGACCUGCCCUACAAGCUCAACCAGUGGAAUAACGUUGUUAGAUGGGAGUUCAAGCAGCCGCAGCCGUUCCUGCGCACUCGCGAGUUCCUCUGGCAGGAGGGACACACCGCCUUCCGACUGCAGGAGGAGGCCGCCGAAGAAGUUCUGCAGAUAUUAGACCUGUACGCUCGGGUAUACGAAGAUCUGCUCGCUAUCCCGGUAAUCCGAGGCCGCAAGACUGAGAAGGAGAAGUUCGCGGGCGGCGACUACACCACCACUGUCGAGGCCUACAUACCGGCCAGCGGGAGGGCUAUACAGGGUGCCACCAGCCACCACUUGGGCCAGAACUUCUCGAAGAUGUUCGAGAUCGUGUACGACGACCCCGACACGCAGGAGAAGGCGUAUGUCUACCAGAACUCCUGGGGUAUCACUACUAGGACUAUUGGUGUAAUGGUCCUAGUCCACGGUGACGACAAAGGCCUGGUCCUUCCUCCAAGAGUAGCAGAGAUCCAAGCCAUAGUGGUUCCCUGCGGCAUCACCGCCUCAAGUUCCACGGAAGAGAGGAACAAGCUCAUGGACUCUUGCAAGGAGCUGGUUAAAGACCUGGUGGCAGCUGGUCUGAGGGCUGAAGGAGAUUAUAGGGAUAACUACUCUCCGGGGUGGAAGUUUAACCAUUGGGAACUUAAGGGAGUACCAAUCCGCGUAGAACUAGGUCCCAAAGACAUGUCCCGUGGCGAGGUGGUGGCGGUGCGGCGCCUCACGGGCGACAAGACCACGCUCAAGCGUGCUGAUGCGGGCAAACUACUGCUUGAGAUGCUCGAGAAAACUCACCAUGAGAUGUUGGCUAGGGCGACCAAAGAGCGUGACGGUAGACUGUCAAUGGUGGAUAAGUGGGAAGACUUCACAGAUGCUUUGGAGCGCAAGCACAUCCUACUGGCACCGUUCUGCGGAGAAAUCCCUUGCGAAGAUAACAUCAAGAAUGACAGUGCUAGGACUGAUGAUGACCCAACAACUGAGGUGAAGGCCCCAGCAAUGGGCGCCAAGUCCCUCUGUGUGCCAUUCCAGCAGCCCCGCGCCCUCACUGCAAGCGACAAGUGCAUCCACCCGGCUUGCACCAACAAACCCAAAUCCAUCACACUCUUCGGCAGGAGUUACUAAUAAGUUUCAAUUAAACAAGCGCAACUUUUAUACAAAAAUAUAUAAUUUAUUAUUAUCUA